UACGGGCUGACGGCGUAACACCAUUUUAAUUUUAUAAAUAAAAUAAUUUCAAUUUGCUUGCGCAAAUCGGCGGAGUCGCGUGUGAAUGAUACACGGUUAAACAUGUUAAAGAGUUUUUCUGAAAUUUUUGUUUUAUGUUAUAUUCGUUAUCUAAAUUGCUCUAUAAGAACUGAUAUAUUGAACUGUUCUCCGUCUUGAUUAAAAGUGAGAAAUUUAGAUAAAUACUAGUGAAUAUUUAGUUUUAUUGUUAGUCAGCACUAUCCCAGGAUUCAUCAUCAUGCCUAAAGGAAAGAAAAAAGGAAAAUACGAGCACAGAAGAACGGAGCUGCCUUAUUCUUCAGAUGAAGAUGCAGGAAUAGAUUUGACAAAUGACAAUUUUUCGGAGACAUCAUGCCAGUCGGAUCUCAAGAGUAAUAAUGAUGAUACAGAGAGCGAACUUCAAGAGAAAUUCGAAGAAAAAGUAUUGGAGACCAUAGAUGCAUUGAGUGCUAGAUCGAAUGCAGCGCGCGCGGCAGCCCUGGUGGCGCUUCGCAGUGCGUUCCAGCGGCGGUACCUCACGCCCAUGCUCACGGGGCAGCGGCUGACCCUGGCCGACCACGUGACCCGGGCUCUGCGCCGCGGCAAGGAUGGCGAGAGGAGAGCAGCCGCGUCUCUCGCGCCCAUACUCGCACUACAGAUUGGUGAGGAGGGCACCGAGGAGUUUAUGAGCGUGGUGAGGCCCGCACUGCUUGCAGCUGCCAUGGAUAAGACAGCCUCCCUUGAGUCCCGGACUGAGUGUUGCUCAGCGCUCGCCAUAUUGUGCUACCUGCUGGAAGAAGAUCUGACAGAAGUAAUAGAAGUUAUGAAGACAUUUGAGUCCAUCUUCAGUGGCAGCUAUCUCAAGGGGGACGGCAGCGUGAAGGUGUCUGGAGCCGCAGUGGAGGAGGGCGCCUUCCACGCGGCCGCCGUGGACGGCUGGGCGCUGCUGCUAGCCGCCUGUACUCCGGAGAGGGCCCGCCAGCUGCUGCAGCAGCAGGAGCCCUCGCUGGCUCGCCUGGCCGACCUGCUGCACGCGCACGCGAUAGAGGUGCGCAUGGCGGCGGGAGGUGCUAUAGCUAUCGCCCACGAGCUCAUCACCGAGCCCGAUGAAGAAGUAAGCAGCUGGAGUGUCACGGCUGAGGAGUUGGUGGUGCCCAGGCUCGAGGAGCUAGCCAGAGACUCUCACAAGUACCAUGCUAAACGGGACAGGAAAGUGCAGCGGGCAACGUUCAGAGAUAUCAUUAAAUACUUUGAGGAGGGGGAGGUGCCCGGGCUGCGUGUCCGCGUGGGCGGCGAGAGCGUGUCGUGCGGCUCGUGGUCGUCGCGCGCGCUGUAUGGAGCGCUGGCCGCCAGCCUGGGCGCCGGCCUGACGGCGCUGUUGCCGCACGUGGCGCUGCUGAGAGCCGCGCUGUCGCUGCCGCCCGCGGCCACGCGCCUCGUGCCGCAGCAACACCUCACCAAGACGCAGCGGCACCUGCAAAACAAUGCUGCGUGCAAGGCACGCACCGUCGCUCGGAACAAGAACAGAGAUAAACGCUCGGCCGCUCUGGCGCUCUAACACGCACACAAACGCAUCCACACGCACUCACACGCACCCACACCGCUAUCACUAACCACGACACACCUCUCCACGUUUCACUGAGGUGUAGAAACGAAUCCGGCUAGUGCAAACCCACAAUAACCCACUUUUAAUUAAUAUAAUCCGCGUAUCUUCUUUGGUAAAAUCAUUUUGUUGUAAACUUUUUCGUGGAGGAAUAUAUCAUUCCGAUAGCACGGAUUGCAGUCAUAUAUUUAAUUGGUACUGGAGAAGAGAAAAUGUAUUCAUUAUUCACAUUUGAAACACCUUUCCCGGCUUAUUACAAUGAACCUGAACCAUUACACUGUUUACUAUCGUUUUGAUUUAACGCUUCAUCAAUAGGGAUCGAUAUUCACCCAAACCCCCAACUGGCUCUGAUAUUUGUUUUAAAACUUAUUUUCCAAGGCAAGUUUCCUGGUGACUACAGUGCACAAAGUACACAAACAUACAAAUAUGAUGUGGUUAUCAGGAACUGAAAUUAGUAUUCUUGAUGCUUUGAAAGCUUUAUGCCAAAUAAAUAAAUAAAUAGCCACAUUGUGAAGGUAUAAUAAUAUUAUUAAAGGUUUUUGUAUACUUCUCAGAAAAUAAAUGACAGCCUGAAUUUAAAAGGUUUACUUCAGAUUAGCGUACACACGCUGUAUUGCACAGUCCGCCAUUUUUUCUCAUUGCACCAAUCACAAAUUGCAGUCAUACAUACCUACAAUAAACAAACAUAUUGGUCACGUGGUUGUACGACUACAAGUUAUCAAAUUUAUAAUAGAUUGUAUGAUUUUUUUUUCUACAUUUCCAAUACAAAAUGUUCUGAUGAUAUUGUUGUCAAUGUUUCAAACAAAUUGAUUUGAAGUAAUGAAGUAGAUAUUAAAAUUAAAAUUGCUUACGUUUAAAUUACUUAUAUUUUUUUUUGUAAAUCACGAAAAAUAAAAAAUAAAUACCAAAAAUAUUUUAAUUAGAGUGAACUUUCGAUAUUCUUGGUUUAAUACAGAUUUAAGAUAUUUGUUUGAAAAUAUUGAAUCAAUUUUAUAAAUUGAGUGACUGUAUUUAGUAAAUAUUGGAAAGUUAGUAUCAACUUAUACUUGCGAGACAUAAAGGGAUAGUGAGUUGUGGCAGUUAGUUGUUGUAUAAAAAAUUAUUGUAAGUAGAUUUAGGUUUUGUAUUGAAAUGCACCGCCGGUAAGAGCUAGUUAGAAAAAUAUAUUUUGUUGUAUUUUAUUUAGUUCAAUCGUUUGACACGUCUUAUUGUAUAAUUCACGCCACAACAAAAAGUUAAUAAAUGCUUGAAAUACAUAAUUCUAGCUUUUUAAUUGUAAUUAAAACAAGUCAUUUGUCGAUUAGUAUUUUUUGCAUGUUUAUUCCUUGUAGAGAACUGAUUCGCUAUGACAUUCGCCAUCUUGGCGAUGUAAGCAGUUGUGACAUGUACUUAGAAGGAAUAUUGUAUAAUAUUAUCAUACCAGAAUAGGUUAACUGUAAGCUAAUGGUGGCUAUUUAUUUCAUCAGGAAAAGUAGCUAUCAUUCGGAAAGCCUGGCCACCCAAAAUUUGUGAAAAUGUAAUGUUGCCUUUGAAUAAGAGGUGUAGGUAACUUGAUAGUUCAAGUUGUUUGGGCUCUUUUGAACUGAUCGCGGCCACUUCUAACAAGACAUCGCACCCGCUGUAGGCAUGUGUGAUGUUUAUUAUCUUACUAUACUUUAGAACAGUUCUCUUAGUUGUUACUUUUAAAUAAUGUUGGUUGUUAAUUAUUCUGAGCGUGCUGGAACAGGAUAUUGUGUUAAUUUAUAAUCGUUAUAUCAAUGUGUACUGUUAGACAUCCUCAAUUACUAUUGUUACAAUUAAAAUAUCCAUGAUUCUGGUAACAUUUUAAUAUCUUUGAGUUUAAUCACAUCCAACCUAAAUAAUAAUAAAGGAAUUUUUGUUAUUCUCCUGUUAAACAUAGUAAAAGUCCAUCUGCAGUACAUCGGUAUCAGAAUUCAACACAAAGCUACUGUGUAUCAUAAAUGCAGAUGGGUUUCGCUUGUUAAUUUGCUAAAAACCUCGGAUAAGCAACAUGUUUAUUUUGUUAUCUGCGUGGGCAGUAGAAUACCUACAUUACUGAAAGUAAAACCAAUUCAGUAUUCGCUUUUGAAAACAAUCACAUCAAUGUAUAUUUAAAACAAGAGCCAAAAUGUAUGUGUAUUAUUCUGAGCUAGUGCUACAUACAAAUGUUUUCUCAAAUUUGUUAUUUUGAUUUAAAUGUUUUGUGUAUUGUAUCUGAUUUUUCCUGUAAUAGUUAUACUUAUUUUAGUUACUAUGUUUAUAGACAAUCUGUAACUGCUAAUACUGCUGUAGUAAAUUAAAUAUUAGUUUGUUAUUGACGCACUCUUAUUGUUCAUAGAAUCGCUAGUUGAUUUGGUUCUAUUCGUGAUUUUAUUUCAUAUAAAAUAAAGUUCGGAUUUUAUUCCGUUGCGCUGCGUUUACGAAAUGCCCUUAAUAACCUUAUUCAUUUCUUUUAUGGUAUAAAACUGACUUCUCUAAAAAAUAUUUUUUAAGGUAACAUUUUUUACCAUUAAAAAACUGGCUAUAUUAUGUAUAUAUGUCAUCUCGAUAAAUUUCGUAAAUGCAGCUCAAACUGUAGAUAAGUUCUCUGUAAAUAUUAUUUGAAUUAAUUAAGGCGCUACACAAUGUAGCCUUGCACGAGGUUUUGAAAUAAUAUUUAUAGCGGGAA